AUGUCGUUUGGUGGCGGAGGUAACGCCUUUUCGUGCGGGUCGUCGGCGCAGAACUCGACGGCCAAUAAGCCUACCUUCUCGUUUGGUGGCAGCGCCUCCAACACUCAAGCACAGGCUUCCGCAACCACAACGCCGUCCAAGCCCUUGUUUGGCGCGGCACCUACAAGCGGCACUGCAGCGACCAGUACGGCCCCCUCGUUCUCUUUCGGCGCGACCAACAAUACCACAGCCAACACAGCCAAGCCAGCCGGUGGCUUCUCGUUCGGCACACCCUCUUCAUCCGCGCCCACGGCAGCAGCGGGAUCAACCACCCCAGCUUCUCAACCACCAUCCAACCUCUUCGGUGCGAAGCCUGCAGGCACAGCGCCAAGCACUGGCCUGUUUGGCCAGGCAAAGCCGGCCGACGCUGCGCCGUCAAACGCCCCCAGCACGAGUGGCACAUCCACUGAGGCAUCCAAGCCAGCAGCAGGCGGCUUUAGUUUCGGAUCGAAUACCACCACCACGUCGUCAGGCCCCAGUGGCUUCAGUUGGGGGGCCAAGCCUGCAGAAACCAGUACCGAGACGACAAAGCCUGCUGCCUCAGGCUUUAGUUUCGGCGCGAAGCCAGCGGAUGCUUCUUCGACAGCAAAGCCAGCUGGUGGCUUCAGCUUCGGGGCGAAGCCAGCUGCCUCCUCGGAAGUGAGCAAGCCCGCUGGUGGCUUUAGCUUCGGUACAAAGCCAGCCGAGUCGUCUACGGAGGCGGCGAAACCUGCGGGUGGGUUUAGCUUCGGUGCCAAACCAGCCGAGUCAUCUACAGAGGCCACCAAGCCUGCAGGCUUUAGCUUCGGCGCGAAGCCUGCUGAGUCGUCUACCGAGACGAGCAAACCUGCGGGUGGCUUUAGUUUUGGCGCAAAGCCUGCCGAGACUACGGCGGCGAGCAAGCCGGCUGGUGGCUUUAGUUUCGGGACCAAGCCUGCCGAGGCCAGCGAUUCAAGCAAGCCAGCGACGUCAGGCGCAGGCCUAGGUGCAAAGCCGGCCGACGCCAAGCCAACUGCUGGCUUUAGCUUCGGUGCCAAGCCUGAGGCAAGUCAAGAGACUGCUAAGCCAGCCACGAGCGGUUUCAGUCUGGGUGCCAAGCCCGCAGACGACGCCGCGAAAUCCGAAGCCAAGCCGGCGAGCAGUGGCUUUGGCUUUGGUGCUGCGAAAGAGACCUCGACGGAGACCAAGUCGAACUCAGGUGGUCUUUUUGGCACAGCGGCGCCCUCUACGACAACAUCUUCCACGACAAACAACGCCUCCUCAGGUUUCUCCUUCGGUGCCAAGCCGGCUGCAUCGACAGACGCAAAGGCGCCCACGACGACGACGACGACGUCUGGUAGCUCCACAGCAGCAGGUACAUCGACAGCGACGUCGGCGCCUGCCCCAUCGCUGCUGCGUGGUAAGAGCAUGGAAGACAUUGUGAAGAUGUGGCAAAAUGAACUGGAUGCCUCGAUCAAGGAAUUCAGUCAGCAGGCGGGCGAAGUGGCUACGUGGGAUCGCGUGCUACUGAAAGGCGGUGAUGAAAUUAGCAAGCUGGUACACCAUAUCGCUCAGGCCGAAGAGCGCCAAGCAGGCAUUGACCAGACCCUGGACUACAUUGAACAGCAGCAGGCGGAGCUGAAUGCCUUGCUCGAUACGUACGAGAACCAGCGGAAAGACUUGCUGCAAACCAGUGGCAUGCAGACGCAUGGACGGACAGAUCUUGGCGUCGCGGAUAUGGAGCGGGAGAAGGCGUACACACUGGCUGAGAACCUGAACGCGCAACUCGAUGACAUGUCCCGCAACCUUGUAUCGAUGAUUGAGGAGGUGAAUCAAAUGUCGGCUCCGGCGAGCACACGAAUGCGUGACGUGGUGGAAGCGGCACCGGAGGCCCUCAAAUCUAUGCGUAUCGGGUCGAAGGACACCGCAGUCGGCUACGAUGAUCCCAUUAUGCAAAUCUCGGCGAUUCUCAAUGCGCAUCUUGGCAGUUUGAAGUGGAUUGACGAGCAUACCACUUCGCUUCGUGAUCGCCUGGAAGCGCUGCGUCGUGGCCACACCGAGAAAGUGUCACUGCAUGACAUGCUUCGCUCUAGUGUGGGUCCCGACACGCCCCGUAGCUCGACACCGCACCGCUCGCUACGCGAAUCGAGCGUGGCAUGGUCACGAUAG